AUGGACGACCAGCCUCAACCGCUCGAAGAUGAUCUGAUAGCAGACUCCCACGCCACGGCACCCGUCAACCUGCCGCGAGUCACCAUCACCUUCUGCACGCAAUGUAAAUGGAUGCUUCGAGCAGCAUACUUCGCUCAAGAACUUCUAUCUACGUUCUCCACAGCCUUAGGCGAGGUAUCGCUCGUCCCUGGCACGGGCGGCGUGUUCACAGUGACGAUCCAGCAUGCCUCGAACGUGAACUUUACCACCCAUACGAGCGUGCUGUGGGAUAGGAAGGUUAACGGGGGGUUUCCUGAAACCAAACAGCUCAAGGCGCUGGUGAGGGAUGUUAUUGAGCCGUCGAGGGAUCUGGGACAUAUUGAUAGGGCGCUUGCGAAGGAGCGGGGUGAUGAUGGACAGGGACAGGAACAGGAACAGGAACAGGGGGAGGAGCGGGAGAAGGGCCAGACGGGUGAAAGUCAAGGUGGACAGGGAAGUUGUGAAGAGUGUAAGGAGGAGAAGGAGGUAGAGAGUGUGCUGUCAAGUGUCAGUGUUAGAGUGAAGAAGUUAAUCUAG